AUGGCUACUUUAGAUCGGAAAGGCACCUUUAAGGUGGAAUAUCUUCAAGAUAUUGAGAAGAAGGUUCAGGCAAAAUGGGAUAGUGAGAAAAUAUUUGAAAUGGAAGCACCAAAUGAUGGGAAACCUCAUGAAAAAUUUAUGUGUACGUUUCCUUACCCAUACAUGAAUGGCCGAUUACAUCUUGGUCAUACAUUUUCGCUAUCAAAGUGUGAGUUUGCUUCAAGAUACUACAGGCUAAAAGGAAGAAAAGUUUUGUUUCCCUUUGGUUUUCACUGUACUGGCAUGCCAAUAAAAGCUUGUGCUGAUAAGUUAAAACGAGAAAUGGCUCUUUAUGGUUGCCCACCGGUAUUCCCUGAAGAAGAAGAGGUUGUAGUCAAGGAGGAAGGAGAUAUUGUGCCAAAGGAUAAGAGCAAAGGGAAAAAAAGUAAAGCAGUAGCAAAGACGGGAGCAGCUAAGUACCAAUGGCAAAUCAUGCAGAGUCUGGGAGUUCCUGAAGAGGAAAUCAAACUUUUUGCUGAUGAGAGUCACUGGCUGGAAUAUUUCCCUCCAUUGGCAGUAGCAGAUCUUAAGAGAAUGGGUAUUCAUAUAUAUGCUCUUCCUAUGUUGACCAUCAAGGAGGACAAGGGCACUGGAAUCGUCACCAGUGUACCCUCUGACUCUCCUGAUGAUUAUGCGGCACUUGUGGACUUACAGAAGAAACCAGCUUUUCGUGAAAAGUAUGGCAUCCAAGAUGACAUGGUACUCCCAUUCAAACCUGUACCUAUUCUAGAAAUUCCAGAAUUUGGAAAUUUAUCAGCUGUUCAUGUCUAUGACAAACUUAAAAUUCAAAGUCAGAAUGAUAAAGAUAAGCUGACACAAGCCAAAGAGAUGGUUUACUUGAAGGGAUUCUAUGAUGGUGUGCUACUAGUUGGAGAAUACAAAGGGAAAAAAAUCCAAGAUGUUAAAAAGAAUUUGCAAACUAAACUUGUUGAGGAGAAGGGUGCUGUUAUAUAUUAUGAACCUGAAAAGACCAUUAUUUCAAGGUCAGGAGAUGAAUGUGUGGUAGCACUUUGUAAUCAAUGGUACUUGGAUUAUGGUAAUGAAGAGUGGAAGAGUCAGGUGGAAAAAGCUCUGGCUGCCAUGAAUACUUAUCAUGAUGAAGUCAGAAAGAAUUUCCAGGCCACACUGAAAUGGCUACAUGAGUAUGCUUGCUCAAGGCAGUAUGGAUUAGGUACAAAACUGCCUUGGGAUCAGCAAUGGUUAAUAGAAUCACUGUCAGAUUCUACUAUCUACAAUGCAUACUAUACAAUCGCCCACUUUAUACAAGGUGAUACAUUUAGGGGGAACAAGGAAAAUGCUCUGAAAAUAAAACCAGAAGACAUGACAAUGGCUGUUUGGGAUUAUAUUUUCUUCAAAGAUGCACCUUUACCAAAAAAUACGAAAAUCCCCAAAGAAUCCCUGGACCUUAUGAGGAAAUCAUUCCAAUUUUGGUAUCCAGUUGAUCUGAGAGUGUCAGGGAAGGAUCUGAUUCAAAAUCAUUUAACAUUCUACAUCUACAAUCACUGUGCUAUAUGGCCAAAAGAAGAGGACAAAUGGCCCAAAGGCAUCAGAGCGAAUGGGCAUCUUAUGUUGAACUCUGCUAAAAUGUCGAAGUCUGAUGGCAACUUUUUGACGCUCACUGAGUCCAUUGACAAGUUUAGUGCGGAUGGAAUGCGCUUAACUUUAGCAGAUGCUGGAGAUUCCGUGGAGGAUGCCAACUUUGUUGAGAACACUGCAGAUGCUGCGAUUUUGAGACUGUACACUUUUAUUGAAUGGGUAAAGGAAAUUAUUGCGACAAAAUCCACUCUGCGCACGGGAGAGCACAACUUCCACGACAAAGUAUUCGUAAGCGAAAUGAACACUAAAAUCAAUCAGACUGACGAAAACUAUUGUAAGAUGCUGUUUAAGGAAGCUUUAAAGACUGGUUUCUUUGAGCUUCAAGCGGCUAGAGAUAAAUACAGGGAGUUAUGUUCCGAUAGCGGCAUGCACGCGGACCUGGUGACGAGGUACAUUGAGACUCAGGCGAAGUUAAUGUCUCCUAUCUGUCCCCAUGUUGCUGAACAUGUGUGGGAGCUGAUGGGCAAUAAAACAAGUAUUCUCCACGAGCUCUGGCCAGUAGCAGGUGACAUUGAUGAGACUUCAAUCAAAGCCAGUAACUAUUUGAUGGAUGCAGCACACUCCUUCCGUAUCUAUUUGAAGAACCAUUGCGCUGUGAAAAAGCCAAAGAAAGGAGAGGCACCGAAACCAGAAAAGAAGCCUAACAAGGCUGUUAUUUGGGUCGCCAAGGAAUACCCCAAGUGGCAGCAUGUUAUUUUGACUACUUUGAAGGAAUUAAAUGGGCCAAAUGGUCUUCCAGACAAUAAGGAGAUAUCCAGUAAGCUGGGUGCUAUUCCAGAACUUAAAAAAUACAUGAAACGAGUUAUGCCUUUCGUGCAAGCAACCAGAGAGAAUAUGGAGCGCAUUGGCAUUGAAGCUCUAUCUGUGGGACUGCCUUUCGAUGAAGCUGCCAUUCUCUUGGAAAAUAAACCAUAUUUACUUAACACUUUAGAUCUGGAUUCAAUAGAAGUAAAGUAUACAGAUGAUCCUGAAGCUCCUGAAAAGACAAGAGAAGACUGUGCGCCGGGUCAGCCUCAUGUCUCGUUCAGCGUGGAAACUGGAGUGGAAGCCUCGUUCAUUAACCCCACACCCCACAACGGUCUGUUCACCGUUUCCGCCACACUCGCUGAUGGUGACACCAUCGAAAGAGUGAAGGCUAAGAUCGCUAAAGAAGUAAAGGCGAUAAAAGAUUUGAGCAGUCUAAAACUGUGGAGAUAUAAAGACCCUAUUGUUGGUCCCCGGUCAAUUCCCGUCCCUGGCGACCAUGAGAGCAAAUGUGUAGUUUUAGACAACACAGCGAUAUUGAAAGUAGAUGUUAAUGCAGUCACCGUGGAACUAGUCUCUAACGGAAAGAACUUGCCUAUUGGCACUAAACUGAUUUAUACCUACGAAAAAUAA